UGGAUAGUCAUUCAGCAGAGGAUUGAUGGCUCGCAGAGUUUCAAUCAAAAUUGGGCUAAGUACAAAUCAGGGUUCGGUACUUACGAUAAAAAUUUCUGGUUGGGUCUGGAGAAGAUGCACCAAUUGACGGCAUCGGCUGAUUACAGGUUGAGAUUUGAAGUUCUCAUAAGGGGUGUUUGGUACUCCGAUGAAUAUGAUCAUUUCAAGGUUUGCACGGAAUUUGAAAAAUAUUCUCUCAACGUUUCUGGAUAUAGAGGAGAUAAGUGCGAUGUACUGAACAGUCCAAAUCCAAUUCUCGUUCAAAAUGGAAUGAAUUUUUCCACUCCUGACCAAGAUAACGAUCUCCACGAAACUUUCCACUGUGCUUUGGAUAACUUAUCUGGGAAUUGGUACAAUCAUUGUUACUAUCAGCGUUUGAAUAAUUUCUAUGGAUCAUCG